AGUGAAGAUAAGAUAACACUUGACAAAUCAAUGUUUUCUUAUCAAGUACUGCAACAAAUUUUAAAUUCAUAUAAAUCAAUUUAAUUGUGACCUCUACAAGAUACACAUUAUUGGCAUUAUAAGAAAAUAACAAUUUAACAAAAAAAAAAAAAAAAUGCGAAAUCCAAAAAAUUUACGUAUUAAUGUUACAUCGCGGGUCGAAGACAUUCAACCACAAGAAAGAGAACAGGCUGAAGUCUCUAAGAAAUCACCAUCAGCUAGUAAAAAAGACAAAGACGUAAAGAACACGGAAUCCGAAAUUGAUGAAGGAAAUGAAAAAUUAACAUCAGUUCCACUUUUUAAAUUGUUUAGAUAUGCAACAAAAUGGGAGACAUUUCUCAUGAUUAUUGGAAUUAUAUGUAGCAUUGGUUCUGGAUUAUGUGUGCCAUCAAAUAUUUUUAUUUUCGGUGAUCUUGUGGGUUCAAUGGUAAAAGCGGAAAUGAUGAAAGAAAUUAUAGAAAUUGGCAUCAAUGGUACGACAAAUGCAACAGAAAACAUGAUGAACAGUAUUAUGGAUACAGUGACUAAAUUUGCAAUGGGAAAUUCUAUUAUUGGCCUAGUGAUGUUAAUUUUCACUUAUAUUAGCGUUAUGCUUUUUAAUUAUACGUCACAAAAGCAAACAUUUCGCGUGAGGACAACAUAUCUUAGAUCAAUUUUACAUCAAGAUAUCAGUUGGUAUGAUGUUAUGCAAAGUGGUGAUGUGUCCAGCAGAUUAACGGAAGACAUAAUUAAAUUUGAAGAUGGUAUUGGUGAAAAAGUGGUGAUGUUUCUACACAAUGUAUUCGCAUUUUUAGGAUGUGUUGGUCUUGCAUUUUAUAACGGAUGGGAACUCACUCUUGUUUGUGUUGUUGCAUUUCCAAUAAUGGUUUUAAUUCUCAUUGGUAUAGCAAAGGCAACUGCAAGAAUGACUAGAAAAGAAGUUGAAAUAUAUGCAAUUGCAGGAGCAAUAGCAGAAGAAGUAAUAGCGUCAUUUCGAACUGUUAUUGCUUUUGGAGGACAACAAUCUGAACUUGAAAGGUAUAAGACAAAUCUACAAAAAACUUAUAAAACCAACAUAAAGAAGGGAUUUUUAGCAGGUGUUGGAUUUGGAUUAGUUUGGUUUUUUAUUUAUGCAAGUUAUGCUCUCUCCUUUUGGUAUGGAGUUACGUUAAUUCUCAAAUAUAGAGAUCUACCUCUAGCAGAACAAACCUAUACUGCUGAAACAAUGGUUAUAGUAUUCUUCAGUGUGAUGAUGGGUAGCAUUAAUAUGGGUGCUUCUUCACCUUUUAUGGAAGCUUUUGGAAUAUCUAAAGCUGCAGCAGCAAAUGUUUUCUCAAUUAUUGAACGAAAGCCAAUAAUUGAUUCCAUGUCUUCUGAAGGUUUAAAACCAACAGAUAUUGAAGGGGUUAUUGAAUUUAAAAAUGUUUCCUUUAAAUAUCCAUCUAGAAAGGAAGUGACAGUUCUUGAAAAUUUAAGUUUCACGGUGAAUAAAGGACAAACAGUAGCAUUAGUUGGUAGCUCAGGCUGUGGAAAGUCUACAUGCAUUCAACUUAUUCAACGAUUUUAUGAUCCUUCAAGGGGGAAGAUUCUAAUUGGAGGUUAUGAUCUAAAAGAACUGAAUCCUAAAUGGUUUCGCAAUAAUUUAGGCAUCGUUGGACAAGAACCUGUUCUUUUUGAUACAACAGUAGCAGAAAAUAUUCGAUAUGGAAAUAUGAAUGCAAGUACAGAACAAAUUGUUUCAGCAGCAAAAGAAGCAAAUGCUCAUGAUUUUAUAAUGAAAUUGCCAAAUAAAUAUGAUACACUUGUUGGUGAGAGAGGAGCUCAAAUUUCCGGUGGACAAAAACAACGAAUUGCUAUUGCAAGAGCAAUAAUACGUAAUCCUAGUAUUUUACUUCUCGAUGAAGCAACGUCAGCUUUGGAUACUGGAAGUGAAGCCAAAGUACAAGCAGCUUUAGAUAUGGCCAAUCAAGGAAGAACUACAAUAAUAGUGGCUCAUAGACUUACUACAAUUAGAGGAGCAGAUAAAAUUAUUGUUUUAUCUAAUGGUAAAACUGUGGAAGAAGGUACUCAUGAUUAUUUAAUGUCACUGAAUGGUCAUUAUUAUUCUCUCGUCACAGCUCAGGUGUCCGAUUUUUCUGAAACAAUUAAUGAAGAGUUAAGGAAAAUUAAUGAUAAUGAAAAAAAUGAUGACGAUGAAGAUUCCGUUAAUGUGAUGUCUAAGAAUUCAAACGAAGAUACAUGUAAUUCAAUUAAGAAGGUUUCGAUAAUGAAAAUCCUGGAAUUAAAUCAACAAGAGUGGCCUUACAUACUUCCUGCUUGUUUAACUUCGAUAAUUGUUGGUUGUUCAAUGCCAUUGUUUGCCAUUUUAUUUGGAGAUGUUAUUGGUAUACUUUCAGGUCCAGAUGCUGAAGAAGUUAGAAGUCAAAUAAACAAAUAUUGUGCAUGGUUUGUAGCAGCUGGUAUAGUAAUUGGUGUAUCAAAUUUCGCACAGAUUUUUCUGUUCAGCAUAUCAAGUGAAUGUUUGACAAUGAGAUUACGUGGUUUGACAUUUGAAGCAAUGUUAAAACAAGAAGUUGGCUGGUUCGAUCAACCUUCAAAUGGAACGGGAGCUUUGUGCUCUAAGCUUUCAACGGAAUCAGCUGCCGUGCAGGGAGCAUCUGGACAAAGAAUUGGAUUAACUUUUCAAUCAAUUAGCACUAUCAUUCUUUCCAUUAUACUCUCUAUUUAUUAUGAAUGGAGACUUGGAUUAGUGGGAAUGUCAUUUAUUCCUUUUAUACUUGUUGUUACUUAUCUACAGGGUUUACUCUAUGCAAAUGAGACAUUCAAUUAUCAUCAGAGCUUAGAGACAUCAACAAAGAUUGCAGUUGAUGCAGUAAGUAAUAUACGAACUGUAGUUGGAUUAGGAAUAGAAGACAAUAUGUACAAAUCUUAUCUACAUGCCAUGGAACCGUCACUAAAAGUGGCAAAAAGAAAUACUCAUUAUAGGGGUUUAGUUUUUGGCUUGGCACGUUCUAUUAUAUAUUUUGCUUAUGCUACAUGCAUGUAUUAUGGAGGAUAUUUGAUAAAACACAGUAAUCUUUACUAUGCAAAUGUUUUCAAAGUAUCUCAGGCUCUUAUAAUGGGAACUGUAAUGGUUGCAAAUGCAUCUGCUUUUGCUCCAAACGUUCAGAAAGGAUUACUCGCUGCUUCAAAUAUAAUUUCCCUUUUAGAACGAGUGCCAAAAGUUCAAGAUUUGAAAAAUGCUGAAGAAAUUGCAGAGAAUUCGGAAGGAAUUGUUAAAUAUGAAGAUAUUAAAUUUGAAUAUCCAACAAGACCAGGUAUUCGAGUUCUUAAUGGUUUAAAUUUGUUGGUAUCAUCGGGAAAAACUAUUGCAUUAAUAGGAAGUAGCGGUUGUGGAAAAAGUACUCUUAUUCAAUUACUUGAAAGAUUUUAUGAUCCUUUCUCAGGAGUUGUGAAAUUUGCUGAUAAAAAUAUUGCAACAGUAAAACAAGCAUCAUUAAGAAUGCAAUUGGGAUUAGUGUCUCAAGAGCCGACACUUUUUGCAAGAACCAUUGCUGAAAAUAUUGCCUAUGGUGAUAAUACACGACAAGUGCCAUUAACUGAAAUAAUUGACGCAGCCAAAAAAGCAAAUAUUCAUCAUUUUAUUGCAUCAUUACCACUUGGUUAUGAAACAAAAUUAGGCGAUAGGGGAACACAACUUUCUGGUGGUCAAAAGCAAAGAAUUGCAAUUGCAAGAGCACUAAUUAGAAAUCCACAAAUUCUUUUACUAGACGAAGCAACAUCUGCAUUAGAUACUGAAAGUGAAAAGAUUGUUCAAGCAGCAUUAGAUGAGGCAAAAGAAGGUAGAACGUGUAUUCUUAUUGCCCAUAGACUCUCAACAGUGGAAAAUGCUGACAAAAUAUGCGUCAUUAAUAGUGGGGUAAUUGCUGAAUGUGGAACUCAUAAAGAGCUCAUUGAAAAAAAAGGUUUUUAUUAUGAAUUGCUGUGUUUGCAAAAUGCCCGAAGAUAGGAAUGUAGAGCUCGUUCAGAGCUCUUCUACAGUCCUUGUUACGUUCCGAGAUAGGCGAAUUAAUUUAUUUUUUAUAUAAAUUAUGGUAAAAAGAGCUGAUUUAGUCAAGACUUGACUUUUUAUUUUUAUAUAGGAUCUUUGUUGUUUAUUAACUCUAUGGAAGUUGUGUUACUCAAUUAAUACAAAAGUGACAUAUUAAAACAAUUUAUUGUUAAAUAAACAAUUGUUUACAAUUAAAAUAUAAAGAUUUAACAUUUAAUACUUACAUUAAAUAAUUAUAGUGAUGAAUUAUAAUAAGGGCGAAAAUUGCUUGUUUUGCUCUUAUGAUAAACGUCAAUUGUUAAUAAUUAUUAUUUCGGUCUAAGUGUCACUAUUUACCAGCUUGCACCAAAAGAUCGAAUACUUAAUCGGAAAGACACGACAAGUAACAAUUAAUAAUUGACGGAUCGAAUUAACAGUAUAGAAACUGCAAUGGGCACAUGUCUCGACAAAAAAUGAGAUCGGCACGUAGUGUGACAAAUAUUAAAAUCGGCACGUUCAUUUAUUGCUUCCUUGAUUUACUCCUAAUUUAUUAACUGCAUUCAAAAAAAUGCAAUAACUCCACACGAGUCAAUUUACGAAAACAAUAAAGCGUUUAUACGUUUUAACUGUGCGCAGAUAAUUUCGAUACGUUAAAAUUUUUUAUUCUUUUUAUUUGUAUACAGUUUAAUUGUAUACAAGCAUUUUUAGAAAAAGUAAAUGUUUAACUUUGCACAGUUUAAUUUGACAAAGGUAAGUUGUACGCUAUUCAACUCUUCACAUUCAUUUUUAAAUUACUAUUUAAAACUUCUAUUGCUGCGGGUUAGCCAAAGCCCAUAUGAUAUAUUUGAUGUUUUGGAUUUAUGUCAAUUUGAAGUUUAAAGAUUUUUUGCAUUAUCUUUGUAAAUUUCAAUAUUAAUUCCAAAUUCAUUAAUAUGAAUCCAGAACAUUAUUUGGCGGACAUGAAACAUUCUAAAAACAUCCUUAAAACGUUUUUAGAACGAACAUGGUUGUUUGCCCACUAAGUAGAGUUAAAUUCAAUACAUGAUAAUUUUUUUAAUGCAGUUAAACAAAUAUAAAAAAAUUUGUCUUGUAUUGAAUUUAACUGUAUACUACUAAACUGUAUAGAGUAAAACAUUAAAAAUUAUUUAUUUCACAUUUUUAGAGCCUUAAGUGAGUGUUCUCAAUAUGGAAAAAUAUUUUGAAAAAUAUUUAUUUAAAUUAAAUUAAAGGUGUGGUUUUUGGUGUAAAGGGUGGUUUUACAAAAAAAACUUCAAAGAACAUGAUAUCAAGUAUGAGAAAUUUAUAAAAAAAAAAAAUAAUUAACAAGUUUUGA